AUGAUGAGCAGCAAAUUAAAGACUAAGAGUAAGAACCGAGUGCCGAUUCGAGCCUCGAAACUUAAGGACCAAUCAAUGGAAAGAAUCGCUCUAAAAGGGUCUCGAUUCAUGGCCGAAGCACGUGAAAAGAAGAUGAAACAGAGACGGGAGCUGAGCCAAGACACGAGAUCGGACACUAGACGAGAGACACUACAGACACCACAGACACCACAGAAACCACAGAGACCACCGACUAACAUCUCCUAUGGUAUACACUCUCAUAAAAGUAUUCGAGAACAACGAGAAUCAUUACCUAUAUACUCUGUACGAGAUGAGUUGAUGCAGCUAGUAGACCAAAACGAUAUGCUGGUGGUUGUAGGGGAGACUGGUAGUGGCAAAUCCACACAGAUCACCCAAUAUCUUGCAGAGAACGGUUAUGGUAACAAGGGAAUCAUUGGAUGUACUCAACCAAGACGUGUUGCAGCCAUCAGUGUUGCCAAAAGAGUCAGUGAAGAGGUGGGAUGCCGAAUGGGAGACGAAGUGGGAUACCAGAUCCGAUUUGAAGAUUGUACCACCAAAACCACAACCAUCAAGUAUAUGACAGACGGUAUGCUUGAGCGUGAGGCUUUAAUAGAUCCGGACAUGACCAAAUAUUCUGUUAUCAUGCUUGACGAGGCCCACGAAAGAACCGUAGCUACUGAUGUUCUCUUUGCGUUACUCCGUAAGGCUGUGAAACGACGCAAUGGAGCCUUGAAGUUGAUAGUCACUUCAGCUACACUUGACAGCAAAAAGUUCUCUAAAUACUUUGAUGGCUGUCCGGUGUUCCACAUCAGAGGAAGGACCUUCCCCGUUAAAAUAUACUACACCAAACAGCCGGAAAUCGACUAUAUAGCGGCUACUAUCGACACCGUGGUGGACAUUCACGUAAACAACCCACCGGGUGAUAUCUUAGUGUUUCUAACAGGACGAGAAGAAAUCGAGACUUGUUGCGAGACCAUUACUUCGAAGAUGACUACUCUAUACAAGUCAGAUCCAUCUUUAUCGGAACUUUUAAUCCUUCCAAUCUAUAGUGCAAUGCCUUCCGAGAUGCAGAGCCGGAUAUUCGAGCCCACUCCUUCUGGAAAGCGUAAGGUGGUAGUGGCUACAAACAUAGCAGAGACUUCCAUUACCAUAGAUGGCAUAUACUAUGUGGUUGAUCCUGGAUUUGUCAAGGUCAACGCCUAUGACGCAAAGUUGGGAAUGGACUCUCUUAUAGUUCAACCAAUAUCACGUGCACAGGCUGACCAGCGUUCCGGACGUGCUGGAAGAACAGGUCCAGGUAUCUGUUACAGGCUAUAUACGAAGCAUGCCUUUCAACACGAAAUGGCUGCCAAUACAGUUCCGGAAAUCCAGCGUCAGAACCUCAGCAAUACCGUAUUAAUGUUGAAAGCGAUGAAGAUCGAAGAUGUGUUGAACUUUGGGUUUAUGGACAGACCAGAAGAUGAGUCUAUCAUGUCUGCGUUGCAAGAGUUGUACAUUCUCGAUGCCUUGGAUGAACGAGGACAUAUUACAAGGACAGGUAAAUACAUGUCAUACUUUCCUAUGGAACCAUUGCUCUCCAAGACGUUGAUUCAGUCAGUAGGAAUGAGAUGCAGCUAUGAGGUUAUAGUAAUAAUCUCGAUGCUUUCCGUUCCAGAGGUAUUUUACAGGCCUCGGGAACAACGAGAAAAGGCAGAUCGAGCCAAGCAGCAGUUUGAUGAUUAUACAGGAGACCAUUUGACGUUACUUAAUGUGUAUGAGAAAUGGAAGGCUUCUGGAUAUAGUAAGACAUGGUGCAAAGAUCAUUAUAUUCAUGAAAAGUCGUUGAAAAAGACUCAGGACGUGAAGAAGCAGCUCAUUACAAUACUUGAAAAGCUUGAUAUGAAGGAAGAAAGAAUAAGUGGACGUAUAAUUUCCUGUCAAGGUGACAGAAAUCAAGUUCGAAAGGCUUUUGUUUCAGGAUUCUUUAAAAACUGUGCCAAACGAGUCACCAAUGGGAGCCACCUGGAAGAUGAAGGAACGUUUAGAACGUUGGUGGAGAAUACACCGGUUCAUAUACAUCCAUCUUCAGCGUUAUUUAGAAAGGGAGCUGUGGAUUAUGUGAUUUAUCAUACACUUAUUCUUACCAAUAAGGAGUAUAUGCAUUGUGUUACUAAGAUAGAGGGUAAAUGGUUGAUUGAAUAUGCUUCAAAGUUUUAUAAAGAGGCAGAGAAAGGAGAGAUGAGUUUGGCUAAGAAGAGAGAAAAAAUAGAGCCGUUAUGGGAUAGGUUUGAUAGGGAUGAGAAGUGGAGGUUAAGUAGGGGAAGGAGGUAA